ACAAUAAAAAAUAAUAAUAAUAAUUAAAUAAUAAAAAAAAAAAAAAAUAAAAAUAAAAUGGCAAGAACUAAAUAAACUGCAAGAAAAUCAACUGGAGCUAAAGCCCCUAGAAAAUAACUUGCUUCAAAAGCUGCUAGAAAAUCAGCACCUGCUACUGGAGGAAUUAAAAAGCCUCAUAGAUUCAGACCUGGAACUGUUGCUUUAAGAGAAAUCAGAAAAUAUUAAAAAUCUACAGAUUUAUUGAUUAGAAAAUUACCUUUCUAAAGAUUAGUUAGAGAUAUUGCUCAUGAAUUUAAAGCAGAACUUAGAUUUUAAUCUUCUGCUAUUUUAGCUUUAUAAGAAGCAUCUGAAGCUUAUUUAGUCGGACUAUUUGAAGAUACUAAUUUAUGUGCUAUUCAUGCCAAAAGGGUUACUAUUAUGACUAAAGAUUUAUAAUUGGCUAGGAGAAUCAGAGGAGAAAGAUUUUGAAAGUAAAGAUUAUAAUAAAAUAAAUUAUUGUAGUUUUUAUUUUAUAAUUUAUAUAAAAAAAUAUUAAAUUAAAAAAA